AUGAAGGUAGUGGAGAGGGGAAACAAGAGGAGAACUCAAAAGGAGGAGGGGGAGAAGAGGAAAAUGCAGGUGGUGGAUGGAGGGGAUGGAAAUCCAAUGGCCUGUUUACGCAUGAAUUUUACUGAAUCAGGUGACUGGAGAAAACACACUGGCCAUAUUGCUUUUACAAUGCCUUCUUCAAUGGUUCUUCGAAAGAGACCCAGAUCUCCAAGCAGAUCCAAAUCUCUAAUGAUAUCCCAAUCUCCCAAGAGGAGAGUCAAGCGUCCAAAGAUGACAGUAAAGUCUCCAAUGAGAUCUAGAUCGCCAAACAGAUCCAAAUCUCCCAAGAGGAGAGUCAAGACUCCAAAGAUGAGAGCAAAGUAUCCAAUGAGAUCCAGAUCUCCAAGGAGAUCCAAAUCUCCAAUGAGAUUUCGAAAGAGACCCAGAUCUCCAAGCAGAUCCAAAUCUCUAAUGAUAUCCCAAUCUCCCAAGAGGAGAGUCAAGCGUCCAAAGAUGACAGUAAAGUCUCCAAUGAGAUCUAGAUCUCCAAACAGAUCCAAAUCUCCAAUUAGAUCCAAAUCUUUAAUGAUAUCCCAAUCUCCAAAGAGGAGAGUCCAGACUCCAAAGACAAGAGCAAAGUCUCCAAGGAGAUCCAAAUCUCCAAUGGGAUCCAGAUCUCCAAUGAGAUCUCGAAAGAGACCCAGAUCUCCAAGCAGAUCCACAUCUCCAAUGAUAUCCCAAUCUCCCAAGAGGAGAGUCAAGACUCCAAAGAUGAGAGCAAAAGGAGAGUCAAGCGUCCAAAGAUGA